AUGCCCGUAAGGAUGAAGGAAAACAUAGAGGCUCUCUCCACGUACGCGCGCAGGGAGGGUACAAAUCAUGGACAGAAAUUGCCUUCAGACCUUGAACUUGUGUGCGGACGCGACUGCAUACAAGAAAUGUCGGACCGAACGGAGCAAAAAUUGACCCCUUUGGAGAGUCCACGUUUUGCAAAUUUUUUCUUGCUUUCUCCAUUGACUUUUGAAAGAAGAAACCUUGAUGGAAUUUCUAUAUACACAAAGGAAUAUUUCAAUGUUUUUCGAGAAGAGAACACCACAAGAAAACAAAACAAAAAAUACAAUCAAAACCCAAAACCAGAACCCCAACUUCCCAAAUCAUCCCCAACGCCACUCUUAACCACCCCAAAUAUCCAGUCACAUACAAAACUUGAAGCCCUUGAAAUCGUAAUUAACAAAAUAGAAGCUUCUGUAAAAAAUGGCGUCGAAAUCAAUGAUCCCCAUAUCUUUGCUUCCCUUUUAGAAACCUGCUUUCAUUUAAAAGCCAUUGAUCAUGGCAAUAAGAUUUAUAAACUCAUUCAAGAAAGACUUUUGCGUAAAAAUGUGGGCAUUUCAUCCAAGCUUCUUUGGUUGUACUCCUGUAAUGGGGACGUUAAAAAGGCCCACAAGGUGUUUGAUCAAAUGCCCAAGAGAAAUGACUUGGCUUUUCCAUGGGAUUCACUUACACGGGGUUAUGCUGAGGUGGGUUUGUACGAAGAUGCAUUGGCAUUGUACUUUCAAAUGGUGGAAGAGGGAGUGGAACCUGACGCAUACACGUUUCCACGGGCUCUGAAGGCUUGCGGAGGUGUUGGGAUGAUCCAAGCUGGGGAGGAAGUUCAUCGUCAUGUGAUUCGCUCUGGAUGUGGAAACAAUAAGUUUGUGCAAAAUGCACUACUGGAUAUGUAUGCAAAGUGUGGAGACAUUAGCAAGGCUCAAAAAGUUUUUGAUAAAAUUGUGGACAAGGACCUAGUUUCAUGGAAUUCCAUGAUUAUUGGGUACAUGAGGCAUAAUCUUAUGGUUGAGGCAUUGGAUUUACUACGUGGGAUGAUGCAGGAGGGAUGCGAACCUGAUUCAAUUACGAUAUCAACAUUUCUCACUAGCGCAUUACCCUAUAAAAUUGUAAUUCAAAUUUAUGGAUUAGCUUUUCGUCGAGAAAUUGAGUGGAAUAUAGAAACAAUCGUGACUUCAUUGUCACAAAUGUGA